ACCAGAUUAUACCCCGGGAAGAUGACGAAACCAACUGAGUCGGCCCUCAAAGACAUCAACCAGGGCAAGGAGACUACCCAGGAUGAGAAGACAAAAUCAUGGAUCGUAGGGGGCAAAUAUCGCGACGAAGCAGAAAAACUGGCCGUGCAUACCUCUGGUCGUGGAACACCCGAGGAAGUCGACUUUGACUUCCCCGCGACAGCAGUUGAAGCGGGCCAUCUCGAGAAGACGAACGAAGAUGUUAUGGUGCUCACAUUCCUCGAUGGAGACCCUGAGAAUCCCUUCAACUGGCCAUUGGCCAAGAAAGCCUUCAUCUCACUGCUCCUUUGUCUCAUGACGCUCUUCGUCGGUCUCGCUACGACAGCCUACAGCUCCGGAAUCAACAGUAUGACAUCUGAUCUCGACGUCUCGACAGAGCUGGGCCAACUGGGCCUGUUCACAUUCAACUUUGUCUGCGCGCUUGCGCCGCUUUUCCUUGCCCCGUUCUGUGAACUGGUCGGACGACGAGUCAUCUACGUCAGCGCCUUCAUCUGCUUCUCCAUCAUGUUCAUCGGUCUUGCCCUCGGCAAGAACAUUGCAACCAUCAUCGUCUGCCGUGGCUUGCUCGGUCUCUUUGGGUCUGUCGGCACGAUCCUCGUCGGUGGUACCUUCAGCGACAUGUACACCCCUGAUAACCGCGCUAUCCCCAUGGCGACCUUCUCCUACGUCGCCAUUCUCGGCACCGUCGGUGCCCCCAUCUACGCCGGAUUUAUUGACGAGACUAUCGGCUGGCGCUGGAUCGAAGGUAUUCAGGGUCUUGCCAACAUUCCCCUCAUCCUCGUCGUCGCCCUCUGCCUCCAAGAAACCCGCGGCGGCGCCAUCAUGCAGAAACGCGCAAAGCUUUUGCGCAACCAAACCGGCGACAACCGGUACAAGUCGAAAUCCGAGCUCGAAGCGCCAACCCUCAAGCACGCCCUGCACAACUCUUCUGUCAAAGCCGUACACAUGCUCAUCACCGAGCCCGCAGUCUUCGCCUUCGGCAUGUGGAUCGGCUUUGCGUGGUUUGUGACUUUUCUCUUUCUCUCCGUCAUUCCUAUCACUUUCACAGAGAAGCGUGGCUGGAGCGAAGGUGUUGCCGGUUUGCCCUACAUCUCUCUUUGCAUCGGCACAACGAUCGGGUUUGCAACCAACUUCAUCCAGAUCCGCAAGUACAAGUCCAUUGAAGCUUCCGGUCGUCCUGUGACUCCCGAAUCGCGUCUUUACGGCGCAAUGUUUGGCGCCAUCUGGCUUCCUAUUGGCCUGUUCAUCUACUCCUUCACGCAGUACGGGUACCUCAACUGGUCCGGCCCUGUGAUUGCACUGGCUCCCAUCGCAAUCGGCAUUUUCUACAUCUUUGAGUCUACUUACAGCUUCACUUCUGACUGCUAUGGCGAGAACUCGUCCUCUGCUAUUGCGGGACAGGGGCUGCUUAGGAAUACGCUAGGCGCUGUAUCGCCGCUCUUCGCGUCGCAGUUCUUCCAUAAUGUGGGGAGUCAAUAUGCAGGUCUCAUUCUCGCCAUCGCGGGGACAGCCCUCGCGCUUAUUCCAUUUGCCUUCUUUAAAUGGGGCCCGAAGAUCCGGGCUAGAUCGAAGCUUGCUGAGACGGCCAAGGGCGAAGAUGAGGAGAAGGGGAAGACAGGGACGACUCUUUAUUGGUAA